UCUUCUUCUUCCUCUGGCUCUUUUGUGCAGAAGAGAGAGCGGAAACUGCACGAGAGAUAAACGAAUAGAGUUACAACACCUGGAAAAAACCAACAUUGUCAAGAAACUUUCCACGAAAUUCUCCAUCUGUGGCUUUGCUUUUCAUCCACGGUACGACAUUACUGCACCCUCACCUACUGUAGCAUUGACAACCCAUUGAUUAUUUCUACCCAAGAUCUGAAAUUUCUCUUCAGAUUCUCUUUUUCUUUUUGGGUUCUAACGUUGCUUUUCCGGGUUUCUUUUUGUUGAGUUUUUUUGUUGGUGGCAUUGGGUUUUUUGGGUUGACCUGUUGGUUGUCUAUUUGUUUAAGAAGGUAGACGCAGAUGGGGUUUGAAUUUAUGGGUUUUUUAGAUCAUUUGAAUCUUGAAAUUCAGUUUAGAAGUAAUUUUGAUUUCUUGGUAUUGAGUGGUUUCUUGAAGAAGUAGUAGAUUUUGUAGCAUUAGGAUGGCUGAUAGGUAUGGCUCGUCUGCCACCAGGAAAUCUUUCCUUUCCUUGUUUACAAUAGCUUCAAUGUUGUUUGUAUUGUCCUGGUUCUUCGUGUUGCGUUCCACAGAUCGUCCUCACUUCAUUGACCAUAAUAUGUUGCCCAAUUUGAAGCCUGUUUCCGUAAUUGAUGAUGGCAAUUCCAAAUCAUUUAGUAAGAGUACUGUCCAGCCUUUGACUGGAAAUAAAGCAUUUCUUGAGGGAGAUGGGGAAGGAGAAGGGGAAGAAGCACCUGAAAAGAAAGAGGAAGGUGCUCAACAGAAGGGUAGUGAUGUGAAUUGCCAUAGAAAUGGGAAGGAACCACUUAAGGUUUACAUGUAUGAUUUAGAUCCUGAGUUUCAUUUUGGACUUUUGGAUUGGAAACCUGAAGGCAAAAGUGUUUGGCCUGAUAUUAGGACUAACAUACCUAGCUAUCCUGGUGGAUUGAACUUGCAGCAUAGUAUAGAAUAUUGGCUUACAUUGGACCUCCUUGCUUCUGAAUUUUAUGAGAAUCCAAAUUCUCAUGCUGCAAUAAGAGUUCACAACUCUAGUGAGGCUGAUGUUAUAUUUGUGCCAUUCUUUUCUUCAUUGAGCUUUAAUCGGUUUUCAAAGUUGAAACCCCAUGAAAAGAGCAGCAGGGACAAGAUUUUGCAAGAUAAGUUGGUGAAGUUUGUGACUUCACAAAAGGAAUGGAUGAGGUCAGGUGGACGAGAUCAUAUUGUAAUGGCCCACCACCCAAAUAGCAUGCUAAAUGCUAGGACGAAGCUGUGGCCUUCAAUGUUUAUUCUUUCAGACUUUGGAAGGUAUUCUCCAAAUAUAGCAAAUGUUGAGAAAGAUGUAAUUGCACCAUACAAACAUUUAAUCAAGAGCUAUGUCAAUGAUACAUCUACCUUUGAUAGCCGCCCAACAUUGCUGUACUUCCAAGGAGCCAUAUACAGAAAAGAUGGAGGCAUUGUUCGACAAGAGCUAUUUUAUCUGCUAAGGGAUGAAAAAGAUGUGCAUUUCUCAUUUGGAAGUGUUCAAAAGGAUGGAGUAAACAAAGCUUCUCACGGCAUGCAUUCUUCAAAAUUUUGCCUAAACAUUGCUGGUGACACCCCGUCAUCAAACCGCCUCUUUGAUGCCAUUGCUAGCCACUGUGUUCCUGUCAUUAUCAGUGAUGAAAUUGAGCUUCCAUAUGAGGAUGUUCUUGACUACUCUCAGUUCUGCAUAUUUGUUCGCACAUCAGAUGCUAUCAAAGAAAAUUUCCUCAUAAACCUCAUCAGGAGCAUUAAGAAGGAUGAGUGGACUCGAAUGUGGCAGAAGUUGCAAGAGGUUGAGCAGUUCUUCGAGUUUCAACUCCCAUCAAAGGAGGGUGAUGCUGUCCAGAUGAUAUGGCAGGCAGUUGCACGCAAGGUUCCUGCUAUCAGGAUGAAGGUAAACAAAUCCAAGAGAUUCUCCCAAUCUGUCACUCGCAAAGAAAGAGGGUUAAUUACUAUACCAUCACCAAAGAACUUUUGGUGACUGAGAGAAAAUCAUAUUCUUUUUGGCCUGAAGCUUGAAGACUUGAUAUCGGAUGGCGCAUCUAGCUUUGCUGUAGUUUAUGCCUACAAAUUUCAACAAGACUUGUAUAUAGUUGCAUCUAGAGCAAAGGGCUUGGGUCAAUUUUGUUGAGAAAAAGAUAUAAUAGCUGAAGAAAAUUUUGACGGUGUGAGUUCCAAGUAUAGCCAGAACAUCAUCCGAACAUGAAGCCUUUUGAAUUUGUUAAAAUCUUUGUAUUUCAAGGAGUAGAGGUUAGAGCCAAAUUUAGGUCAAUUCUGCACUUUUUGGCUUCUAGGUUCCUUUCAAGUUUCAAUAAUGAAUCUCAGCACAUUUG